AUGUCGGACACGUACGAAUCCGGCGUCCGCCUUUCCCCCCACCCCCCCAAUACCGCCCGACCUGACGCAAGCGUGCUGACCCGGGAGGGAAAGAGGGGGAGGCUUCUCCCGCACGCAGCUGGCGGCCCCGGCAGCCGGUGGGAGAUGCUCGGCCAGGGCCCCGUGUCCGCCUGGACGGACUGCAGCUCUUCCGCAGAGCCGCCCGCAGCGGGCGCUGAAGGCAGAGGGGGGAGAUCAGCUGGACAUUCUUAUUACCAGAAUUCCAAAGGUACUGAUGGAAUCAAAGAUGGACACAAAAUGAACUCACACAUAGCCAAGCUACCAAAGUUAUGGAAAACUCCUCAAAUUCAAACAGUUCACAUCCCUAAAUCAAUGACAGAUGUGUCCUUUCUAAAGCGUCCAGACCUCACCAUAGGCCAGGAGCAUUAUGUGUGCAGCAUUGCUGAGAUCUGUCAUGUGAACUAUCUGAGGGUGUUAAUGAAGAGGCAGUACACGCACAUGGUCCAGCACAGCUCGCACAAGCCAGGUGUCCUCACUCACCCCAGGAGCCGCCUCAGCGCUCGGCACUCCCAGAAGCAGCAUUACCCCUGCACUACAUGGCGACACCAACUGGAGAGAGAGGACUCGGGGCCUUCCAACGUCGCAGCUGCGUCUGCACCUGAAAUGAUCACACAGCAUUCCCUUUGGCGACCAGUGAGAAACAAAGGAGGUUUAAAAACUGGAUAUGUGUCUAAAACAAGAUGUAAGUCGCUGAAGAUUUUUAGAAAACCAGGCAGACUCUUCAUGCAAUCAGUUUCCACAAAUGACUUUGAAUCAUACAUGAAUGAAGAGAAAAAGGAAGAUCUCCUCAGUAAGUGUAUGCAGUCAAUGUCGAUCGAAGAACAGGGAGAGCAUCUGAUGUUAACCUGACAGUCUGGUCCUGUGUACUGAUGAUGUGCCAAAGGUAGGGUAGGGGUUGUGAACUGUGUCAUCUCUACAUCUAGGGCAGUAUUGUUAGUCGCCAUUCAGUCAUUAAGUAAUUUUGGUCUGUUCAGAAACUUUUAUAGCAAUGUAAUUGGUUUGAUGUAGUUCCACGUUCCAAUGAUAUUUGUGUAAUAAAGUCUAUGUGUAAAUAUAUGCUUUUCUUUCUGGCUAAAUACGAUUAAAAUUUUUGUCACUUAAAUUGAAUCAUUUUUUCUUUAAAACUGGCCAAUACCAUGUGUAAUUCUCUCUGUUUACAGUAAGUCCUAAAACAGCAACAUUAGAAUAUCCGACAAGUGUUUUCUUGAUUGGGCUGAGGAAAACUCUUGAAAUAUCCUAAUAAUAUGGCAUAGCAUUUAAUAGAGAACACCCUGGCUUGCAAAGAUGAUGCCGAAUAAAUAUUUGCUGCUUGAAUACAA